ACUGAAAUAUACUCUUCUACAAUCAUUAGCCACACAGUAUUCUGCAGAAAAUUCCAGUUUUAUGAUUACUCAUCUUAAUAAACCCAACUCCAGUUUCAAUUCUCGUUUCUCCGCAGGCUUCUGACAGAAUUCCAAUCAUGGAAGAAGAAACGACAAAGAGGUAUGCAGUAGUGACCGGAGCAAAUAAAGGAAUUGGGUUUGGAGUGUGUAAGCAGUUGGCUUCAAAUGGUAUUACAGUUGCGUUAACUGCUAGAGAUGAGAAGAGAGGACUUGAAGCUGUUGAAAAACUCAAAGAGUCUGGUCUCUCUGAUGUGCUUUUUCAUCAACUUGAUGUGCAAGACCCUGCUAGCAUAGCUGCUCUUCGAGAUUUCAUCCAAGAUCAAUUUGGAAAACUUGAUAUUCUGGUGAACAAUGCAGGGGUUAUCGGAAACAUAUUGGAUGGUGAUGCUCUUAGAGCUUCUCUUUCUUCUAAGCAAGGGAUAGAGCAGGUUGAUUGGAGCAAUCUGGCGACGGAGACAUAUGAAUUAGCAGAAGAAUGCCUGAAAAUAAAUUAUUAUGGUGCCAAAAGAACAUGUGAAGCGCUUAUUCCCCUCCUUCGGUUAUCUGAUUCACCCAAGAUUGUCAAUGUUUCCUCUGCUGCAGGAAGGCUAAAGAACAUGCCUGAUGGAUGGCCUAAGGAAGUUCUAAGUGAUGCUGAAAACCUGACGGAAGAGAGAUUAGAUGAGGUUUUGACUGAGUUUUUAAAAGAUUUCAGAGAGGGCUCAUUAGCAGCCAAGGGUUGGCCUCCCCAUAUUUCUGCCUAUAAUGUUUCCAAAGCUACCCUGAAUGCUUACACAAGGAUUCUGGCUAAGAGAUACAACACUUUCCGCAUCAACUGUGUUUGCCCUGGCUAUGUCAAAACAGAUAUAAACCAGAAUACUGGCUUCUUAACUGUUGAGGAAGGUGCGGAAAGUGUUGCGAGGUUAGCUUUGCUGCCUAAGGAUGGUCCUUCUGGUCUCUACUUUAUUAGGAAGGAAGAGACACCUUUCUAAUUGAAUAAAGCCUCUUUGUGAAACUAAAAAUAAAAGUGCUUGUUUCCCUCUGCUUCCCUUUAACUACGUAUACUGUUAAAUAAGUCUGCAAGUCUCUUGACUUGUGAAUUUGGUGUUUGAAUAUAAUUUGAAAGUUUGAAUGAUAUGAGGUUGGUUUGUUAA